AUGCCUCAAGUUCAACUAACUGGCGAGAGGGGCGAGCCCCUCGUCCCCUUGCUUCAACCACAGCAUGGGAGCCCGCCUGGAAAACGGGGCUUCCAUGACCAAAAUACUUUGAAAGAUGGCAUAGAUUCAGAGAGCAAUGACGAUCAACACACACCUUACGAAGUCCAUGGAGGCAAGUUCAGCUUCAGGGCGUUCGUUCAAAACAUGCUCAAAGCAUGGAGCUUCCACUCUCUGUAUCGCCUCUUCUACAAUGUCCGCCACUCUAUUCGCAACCAGACCAAGGUUGUCAUCUUCAAAAGCCGACCGAUGACCCUCCUCGCCAUACUGGUCCACGUCCCGCCCAUCGUUGCGACUGCCUUUAUGAGCCAUCUCAUCUUUCGCGAGUACUGGAUCGGCGCAGAUCUCACGCCAAAUAGGGGCUGGGACAGGCAGGCGAACCUCCUCAUCCAGUUCGCCGCCAAGUUCCUCGAGAUCAUGAUCGUCGGGUCACUCACGACAAUGAUUUUCACCUUUGUCCGGCGGGAGGUGACCCUGGGCCAGGGUGCACCGCUGGCAGCCUUCUUCGCGGGGAACAGCUUUAGCUCGCCCGAGUUUCUGUGGUCGGACGAGAUGACUGCGAUGCUCAGGGGCCGUUUCUCGACCAUCUGGAAGAAGGUGUUUUUCGUUUCGUUCCUGACCUUGUGCUGCCUGCUAGCGGUCGUUGUCGCACCCGCCACAGCCACGGUUCUCACCCCUCUCAACGACUGGUGGAUGAUGGGAGGCUCCUGGGUUUAUAUCGACAAAGCCGGCAGAUCUAUUUAUCCCAAGACGCUGACUGCCGCCGACACCGUCAAGGGCGACGUGUGCGAGGUCGCCGGCAACGUCGACUGCCCUUCUGCCGGCUGGGACUCGCUGACACAUUUGGUGAGCUACCUACCGGACCAUGCCGUCCUCAACGUCACCAAAGGGUCCUGGAUCCGCAUACCGGCACUUUUCCCGCUUGCCACCCCGGAAUCGAUCCUGCAGAUUUCGCUGUCCGUCCGGGAGCCCGAGGAAACAAGCGGUUGGAAGGUGUCACGGAUGACCCUGCCGCAUCGCAUGACGGGCGCGGCCUUGGCUGCGACGACAAUGCUGUGGCAGGACGCUCUCACUAUGAUGGCGAAGGAAAACAAGCAUUAUCGAGGAUCGGACUACCGGUACUCGACCUUCCAGGAGCUGCCCUCGAUGGAAACCCGAUGCCGAGUUACCGUUGUCGCCGCCAACAGUACAAUGCCCAGCGGUAACAACAAUGAUAACAAGCCUGUCAAUUUCCCGGAAGUGCGCACCGAGGCCUCUUUUGCAAACAACACCGAGGACAUGGCCUUGCAAAACUCGGCCACGGAAGCGAUUUGGUCAAACCCAAACACCACGGAGCCCCGGUUGUUCUUCUUUGACAUCGAGCCUCAGGAGCGCCUGUCUGCCAACGUCUCCGUCGGCACCGUGGUCUCGCUCCCACGCAAGGGGGGAAGCAUGGCGCUGUAUGGAUGCUUGACCAACGCCGAGUGGGUCGGGAUGAACACCGGGAUCAACAUCGACAACCACGUCUGGACAGACGACUGGCCCUUCCCGGUGACAUGGAAGCCGGGGAAAAAGGUAACGAUCCACACCUCGUACGCCAACCUGACGAACCCGCGCGUCGAUAACGAGGGCACCACCGUUUUCCAACGCCUCGCCGCCUCCUCAGGGCUCGUCAACUCGGAACUGGGCCUCGACUGGACCAUCGGCCACGUCGAGACGGUCAUCAACGCCAUGCUCACCAACGGCAUGGCGCGCACCGCGCCCGCCGCAUCCCCCAUUGUCACGCUCAAAGACGCCGACGGCGCCUGGUGGCGCAACUUCUUCCCGCGCAAGACCCAGUUCGGCUUCCCCGAGUCCGGGACGGUCUUUGACGUGACCGAAGCCCGGCGGGCCACAUCGCAGGCGCUGCACUUCCGCGCCGAGAUGAAGGGGUUCGCGUACUCGGCCAGCGACAGCACGGUGUGGUACUCAAUGAUGGGGCUGUUCGCGUACUGCUUCGUCGCGGUGGCGUUCAUCGCGUGGAGUCUUGCCGUGGGCGUCACGAGCAAGAGCUGGGAGUCGACGCCGGAGCUGCUGGCGCUGGCGAUGCGGAGUCCGCCGCCGGGAGACGAGAAGAUGCCGACAAGCAUCCUGGAGGACACGAAUGCUUUGAGGGAGAGGUAUUGCAUUGUCGCGAGCGGGGCGGACGUGCUGCUGCGGCCGAUGGAGGGGACGGAGAGGGUUCCGGAGGGGAUGAGGGUAAAGCCGAAUGUGAUGUACAGGUGAUGAGACCAAACUCGCUGGUCUGUGGCUCCUUGGUUGGCAACCUCGACCGACGUUGCAUGAAAACCACAUGCUCCCCGAGGGUUGGCGCCAUUUUGUCACCACGGGUGUUGAUGUUUGCCUUUCGUCUCGAGUCACAACCCUGGGAGCCGUUGACACCCUGUCUAGGUCUUCCUUUUGAGGGGAUAUGCGGACGAUGACCCCCGGCUUCCCACGUCAUUCAAGAAUUCGGUGAAGCACCCACGGGUGAUUCGUCUUGAGCCUUAUCUGGAUUUACCCAAAACGGCAACACGCGCGCGAGGCCCGUUCUGCGGCCGGCGUCCCCACGUGAUGGGAAGAUGCUGCGACGCAGGUAUGUCGUGCAUAUUUACGAUAUCUCAGAGGCGUGUUUGCUCUGCCUCGUGUGCGCUGGCGGUCACGGCCGUAGCAGCGAGGCCUCCCACGUGAUGGGCCGUCAAUGCGAUGUAGCUAUGUCAUGCAUUGGUUUUUUUUUGGGGGGGGGGGUUUUGCGCGAGUUCUUUUGGGGGGUUCGAAGCUAUCGUCGAUAAAUACUCAAGGUUUUGGAACGAAGCUACCUUGUUGUAUUAUCCCCCCCCCCCCAAUAUGUUUUUUCGGUUUGGAUUUAUCUGUUGCACCGAGUGACAGACGUGGUUAAUAGUGAGCUUUCACUGACUCGCCGCAUGAUCUUACCCUUAUCAUGAAUUGCUUGGUCGUUGCCAAAGCUGUCUCGUUCUGUCCCGCCUGACAGCCCACAACCAAGCACGUCAGGCUUGGAAAUGACACAAUACAGGUAGUCGAUAUGGCGUUGCUCAAACAAGUUGGACCUGAUUGCUGGGCCUGGAGUACAGACAAUGCAAUAUGACUCGAGAAAACUCACGCAAACGUAGAUACCCGUGGAUGCCUUCAACAUCCCUUGGCAAAAGUCUCGAUCUGGCCGAAUGUCUCCCAGACAUGGGCCGUGACACUUGCUUUCCGAGUCUGAUGUGCCUUUAUUUUGAACCUGAUUCCAGCCGUUGAGAUAAAUUGGUUCGACUAGCUCACGCGCUAAUCGUCGGGCACAAUUCCGACAAGCUGGAUUAUCAUGGAAGUGAGAGACGAUGUAGUAGUGCAGAGAGUCUCCCGCCUGUCAAAUCAAUCACUGCUGGUUGUGGUGCAGUCUGUAACAACAACAUGGGAGGGAGGAGAGCAUCGGGCAUGACGUAGCCUUCAAGCGUCUGUACAUCAACGAUUGUUGCCAUCUUCAUCCUC